AGAAGAAGAAUUGAUGCAUUUUGACUGUGGUGUUGGCAAAGAAUAUUAAGUAUAGUGUGGACUGCCAAAUGAAUGAACAAGUCAGUCUUAGAAGAAAUACAACCAGAACGUUUCUUGGGAGCAAGAAUGGUGAGAUUUUGACUGACUUACUUUGGAUACAUCGUCAGGAAAAACCAACAGCUAGAAAAGGACAUCAUCUUUUGUAAAGUAGGGGCCAACAAAAAUGAGGGGCAUCCUCAGUGAGGUAGAUUGACACAAUAGCUUCAACAACGGGCUCAAACAUACCAACAAGGACUGGGCAAUGUUUCCUUCUGUUACACAAAAUGUUAUUGAGAGUUGGAGCCAAUUCAUAACAGCAACAACAAAAAAGAGAAUAGAGUCUGGAAAAAACUGGUAAACUCAAUGUUUAAGGAUUAGACAGAAGAAAAGAAAAAAAAAUGAACAAGAGAAGAGGGAAAGAUUAAAAUAUUGUUAAGGAAAAGGGUAUUUGGUGUGGAAGCCAGAGGUCAGUAUUGCUGAAGAGGUGAGAGAGUUUUCAUGUGAUGAAAAUUAAGGAGUUGAGAGAUGUGUGGAGGAAGAGUCUUAUGAACAGAAAAAUCAACAUGAAUAUUAAUGAAGAAUCAAAAAAAGAAGCUCCUCAUUUUCUCAGUAAGCUGGCAGCAGGGUUGUAUUUAGUGAGAUUUGUGGGUGUGGAAAGGACCUGGAAGGUAUAUUCUAGAGCACUGCUCUCCAAAAGAACUUUCUGCUAUGAUGGAAUUAUAAUGUAUCUACAUUGCCUAAUAUGGUAGCCAUCAGUCACUUACAGUAAUUGAGCACUUAAGAAGUGUAUUCUGUGAGUGAGAAACCAAUUUUUUAAUUUUAUUUAAUUUUAAUAAAUACACAUUUAAACUUAAAUAGCCACAUGUGGCUCAUGGGAACUGUAUCAGACAACAUAGUUCUAGAGAAAGUGUAGAGGUUCUAUGAUUAAUUGAGAAUGGCAGGCACUCAAAUCUGAGAUUUCAGAACAGAAAUGACUGGGACUUUGGUUUGAUUGGCAUGUAGGAUGGUGCCAGUGUAUGUUUGACAGAAAUAUAGUAAACAUAUUUUUACUUCUUUUAUCAAGGUAAUCCUGACAUCACUAAGAACACAGAAAAUACUACCUCUUCUCCAUUUCUUUCUGAAUGCUGUCUUGUAGUAUGAAUCCUAUUGAGUAUUCUAUUUAUUCAAUGAGACUCCAAGUUCCUUGAGUGCAGGAGACAUGGACUAUGUUUCUCCAUGUCUAUGAGGACUCCUAACUUAUUUUAAAUAGGGUUUAGGAAUGCAAAAAAAGAGCUAAUCCACCCAGGUGGGCUAUCAGAGCUUGAAUUCUGUAAUUUUAUGUGCCUGGAAGGUGUACAUAGAAGGUGAAGGAACCCUGUGAAAAUCAACAAGGAGAAUUUCCAGAAGCCAUGUCAGUCUCCAAUAUCACAGCAACCCAUCCGGCUGCCUUCCUGUUGGUAGGGAUUCCAGGUUUGGAGCACCUGCACAUCUGGAUCUCCAUUCCCUUCUGCUUUGCCUAUACACUGGCUCUGCUGGGCAACUGCACCCUGCUCUUCAUCAUCCGCUCUUAUGCAGCCCUCCAUGAGCCCAUGCACCUCUUCCUGGCCAUGUUGGCAGCCAUUGACCUGGUCCUGUCCUCUACAACACUGCCCAAAAUGCUUGCCAUAUUCUGGUUCAGGGAUAGGAAGAUCAACUUCGAUGCCUGCCUGGUUCAGAUGUUCUUUCUUCACUCUUUCUCCAUCAUGGAGUCAGCAGUGCUCCUGGCCAUGGCCUGUGAUCACUAUAUGGCCAUCUGCAAGCCCCUGCACUACACCAUGGUGCUGACUGGGCACCUAAUCACCAGGAUUGGCAUGGCUGCUGUACUCCGAGCUGUGACACUAAUGACCCCACUCCCUUUCCUGCUCAAACGCUUCCACUAUUGCCGAGGCCCAGUGAUUGCCCACUGCUACUGUGAACACAUGGCUGUGGUAAGGCUGGCCUGUGGAGACACACGCUUCACCAAUAUCUAUGGCAUUGCUGUGGCCAUGUUUAUUGUGGUAUUGGAUCUGCUGUUUGUUAUCCUAUCUUACAUCUUUAUCCUUCAGGCAGUUCUACAGCUUGCUUCUCAGAAGGCUCAUUAUAAGGCAUUUGGGACAUGUGUCUCUCACAUAGGUGCCAUUCUAGCCUUCUACACACCUGUGGUCAUCUCCUCAGUCAUGCAUCAUGUGGCCUGCCGGGCUCCUCCCCAUGUCCACAUUCUUCUUGCUAACUUCUAUCUGCUUUUCCCACCCAUGGUCAACCCUAUCAUCUGUGGCGUCAAGACGAAGCAGAUUUGUGAGCAAGUCAUAGGACUAUUCCUAGGAAAGGAUGUGUAAAUGGAGGGCAUGGGAUGUGUGGAGCCAUAUAGGACAGUUCCAAUGUUGCAUAAUAGCAAGUGGAGGGUUGCCAGAAUCUCCAUGUUUACUUAUUUCCCAGUAUAAUGAAAAAAAUAAAUGGUGUCCUGAAACUCACAAUUUUCUAAUCAGGACUCACAGGUCUGUGUCCCCUCAUAGCCUCUGGACUCGAGUCGGUGAUUUUGCUGUCUCUUUACAGAACCCUCCCUCUUGUCAGAUUCUUGACCCAAUAUCUUCUGGCGAGCUCACCUAGAGACACAAAAAUAUUUCCAAGUUCAUUUAUUUAAGAGAAGACUGUGAGAAUCUGAGUUUCUAUCCCAAGUAACUGGGAACUUGGUGAACUACCCACUCACCACCUGAGAGAGGACCAGCAUUAUAUCUGAUGCAGGAAUCUCUUCUUAGUCACUCUGACAGGUGAUGUUCAACUUUUGUCUAAACACUCCUGUGUUGGGGAGUUUACAACCUUCCAGUGCUACCGAUUCCAAGUCAGACAACUCUGCUUGUUGGAAAGUUAUUUCUUCACUUGAACCAACCUACAGAUUUUUUUAUUUCUCCUUUUGACCUCUCCAUGUUCACGGCUAAUCCUUCUCAUUAAACACUUUGAAUAAGACAUGUCCUUGACAUCUCUUUGUACAUCAUACAACUCUUUUUUUGCACAUAGACAUAUUUUAUAUCUUCUACAAGGAUGUGAGUUCCUCAUUUACUAAUUCUCCACUAAAUAUUGAGCAUUAAGAAUGUGCUAAUUCCUUGCUCAGUACAGGUGAUACACAGGCUGCUAAAGCAGGGAUGCCACACUUAUGUUUCUGUUCUGAGACAGAGAAAGAAAUGAUAAUCAUAGUGCAUUGUGAUCUCUGAACUUCCCACCCAGGGGCCCAGCAUAGUGGAAGAAAUGUGAUGGAAAAGCAAAUGGGAGAUGGGAAUAUUGACAUGUGUUUUUCUCUUUCUCAUGCAAAGCCAGAUACUAGAGAAUUCUUAAUGUUAAUGCUGACAAGUGCAGCUUUACUGCUCACACAAGCCCUCAUACACCAUCUUCCACAAGUGCAUUCUUCUACAUUUAUCUUGUGACCUUU